UCGGCAGCCAUUUUUCAUCCGUGUACUGCGCUUCGAUCAAGAUUUGAAAAAGAGUCUCAUCUUGAUUCCCGCUUAAUAACGUCCGAAUUUGAAAUCAAACGUAUUCCACAAGACCUUGAUGAUUUGUAUAGUCUGUUACUGAGUUAUCAUGUCAGUCAAGAAAAAUAUGUCACCAAAAUAAAUAUGGAAUGCGAAAAUCAAGCACAACAUUGGCAUUUGAAACACUAUGCUGACACAAAAUCCUGUGAAUCCUUCCACUGUUGUGAACCUAUAUCUGCAAAAAACCCAAGCCUAAGUGAAAAAACGCGCCAAAAAGGAACAUUCAGAUCGGAACAGCUAAUUUUAGCCCUUGAAAAGUGCAUUGCAAAGGCUUCAGAUGUACCUAACUACUAUUUGGGAGAGAGGGUCAUAAAGGAAUGCUACGAAGUUGGUAAAAAUGGAGUAAUACUGAAUGACGAAGAAGGAGAGCGAAUUGGACCCCUUAUCAACAAUUGCUUUAAAACCAUCAAAAGCCGUUUGUUUCGUCAUGCAUAUUUAUUUGAUGCUAAUUAUAUUCCUGAUUAUUUGAUUUUUAGGUCAGGAUUACAGUUUAUGUUGGAAAACUACAAGCGAUUUCCAACAGGCGAUGGGAAACAAUUGAACAUUUUGUUUGAAGACACAUAUUUCAUACAAUUCAUUUCUGAAUUCGAUACUAACCUAAAAGAUUGGAAGAAUUCUAGCGAAAAAAGUUUUAAUUCUGUUGAGCAUACAGAACUUCAACUUUUACGCCCGGAACAAAUCCCUGAAAAUCAUACUUGGUGGUUUGAAAAGGGAGAAUUUGAAAAAAAGUCCAUUGACUUUAAAAACUAAUGUUAAAAAAAUAUUGUAAAGAACGUUUAUUUCGAUAUAUUAUCUUACAGAUUAGAAAAUGGGUGAUGCGAAUGAUAAAGUGUAUGUUGAACGUCUUUUAAACAUGGGGAAUUUGCAAAAUAUUUUUUCUAACUUAACACGUCACAAUAUUAUGAAAAUCAAAAAUAUUUUAGAAAAAAAUUUUUAUUGUUCUAACAGUUACAUUAACUUUGGGAAAGAGAUUGCAGAGCAUUUCAAUUACCAAAGUUUUAAUGCAUUUUGCUCUACUCUAGAAUACAUUGACAUAUACAUGAAAGAGCAACCAGACAUCAUCAUUGAUCCGUCAGAUCCUUCUUGUUUAACUCAUUUGAUAAACUAUUCAAAUAAUAAAAUUCAAGAUGAAGACUUUAAACAAAGGCUUAUCAUUGAAUUGCAAGAACACAUAACAGAGUAUGGCGGUGCCAAUUCUAGACUAAGAUUUUGUAAUAAUAUAAAUGGAGCUAAACAUUAUAGAAAACAUAGAUUACAUCCAGUGCUUGAAAGAAACUUAAGUAUGCAAGAGUAUUUAAACUUUGCCAAUGCUACAGCAGAAAAAACUCCAAAAAUUAUAGAUAAAGAAUGGGGCACUUAUUUUUACUACACAGAUACUAAACGAGGAAUACAAGUUAUAACAUGCAAGUACCGUAAGGGAAAUGAAAUACUAAAGACUUGCUUCUUCUUUGGGGUUUAGUAGUCGGACUGAAAAUGCAAAAUCGUUUUAAAUAUCCAUUAUCUUUUACUUAACAUAAAUCCACAUCUUGUCUGUGGGACAAAAUAUCAUUUUUAGAUUUAUGUUGAUACCAUUAAAUGUGUUAACACCAAGUAAAAAUAUUCUUAAAAUGUUAUGCUAUACUCUGCUGUAUGAUAAGCUAGUUCUUCUGAAAUACAUUAUUAAGUACCGAUUGGCUUUAUUCGACAGUUCGGGCUGGUGACAGCAAAGUUUAAGUCUGUUGGUAUUAAAGUAAACAAUCUCUAGUUAAGUUUGUUUAAUAAAUAUUUAUAAAUUAAUACACCACAAAGCGCAACUUAACACAAUACGACACAAAAUAUAACAAAAAUGAAUUUACAAUCCAUUUGAUUUUUGGUCGUAUUGGAAAUCUAUCGUCAAAGCCAUCUAAGGGGAUGAGAUCGAACGGAAUAAUCUCUUGCUUUUUGUUUUGUUUUUCUAAACAAAUAUUUAGUUUUAUUUCUUUGCCAUCAUUUUCGUGUAUUUAACUUCACGUUGUUUUUAUUCAUAACACAGCAUAAUAUCGUUCUUAUGUUAUAAGAUAUAUAUUUUACAAGCAUCAGCAAUCUACAAAACUAAACAGAUCCACAACAAAAGUAAAUACAAUUAUUAGAUAGCUGACCUAAUGGUAUAGAUUUUUCCAUUAAAAUUGAUAUUCUGAUUAUAUUGUAGUAAACAAUAUACAAUAAGACAACUUGUCUAGGUAAAUCUUUCAAACAAACCCAUAACAAACCUAUUAAUUUAUGACCUCCAAACCUAAGUCAUUGUUAUAUUUCUCAUUUACCUAUAUCUAUUGCAAGAUAUAUCCAAGCGUUGUAAUUUCUUUUUCUUAAUUUGUUCGACACUAUUUUUAAUGUAAUUAUAUUAAUAUUUCUUAAACAUACAUAUCACAGAACGCCAAGGUGAAUGAAGGUCCUGGUUUAUAAUAAUAAUUAUUACUGUAUCAAACAAAAAAAUCAUUGCCAAUCAUUGCUUUUGAGUAAAAGUAUUAAAUAAAUAAAGGAGUGAUUUCAGUU